CCUUUGCUACCCAUGAAUCCUUCUCCAUGUUCACAGCAGACAGAAAGCUGAUGCCUCUUUGUCAGGCAAGCAUGAAGUCAGUUGCAGUAAUUUUCUGUCUCCUCUGCUUUCAGUUUGAAGCCUUCUGUGGAGCUGAUACCUGCUCAUCAAAAUUGUGCAAAAACAUCGACAAGCUUCAGGUCUCAGACCCCCAGGGGAUAGUAGAAUUUGAAAAUGGAAACUUCAAGUUAAUAUUCCAAAACCCCAAAAAUGUGAAUGAGUUCAGCAUGACCCUCUUUAAAGGGAAUGAAAGGAAGGCAAUUUGUGCACUCCAUGUGAAUAAGAAGAAAGCUGUCCCAAAGAGCAAUGUCACCUACUGCCAGGCAGAGCAUUCAAAUACCAGCACCACCUUCAUUCUCACAAAUCUGGACAGAAAACACAUUGACACUUACACCUGCUGUCUGGAGAGUUUAUUGCCCCCCCCUUACAUAGACUGCCACUUAAAAGAAACCUAUUUGUACAUCCAAGAUAAGGAAGACUGCUUUUCACACGUAAUCAUGUCGUGGAUAAUUAUUGGCCUGAUUGCAUUUGCCCUGAUUUCCUGUAUCUGCUGUGUAGUAGCCUACCGCUUAAGGAACAAGAAUCAGCAGUGUGAAUCCAACUCCCAUGAGUUCAACAGUGAAUACAUGCCCAUGGCAGCAGUGAAUGCAGCUAAAAAACCAAGAAUCUGAGGUUGUAUUAAGCCUACAAGUGCUUCAGUUUUGCUUGUUUAAGUUGCUUCUGGCACAGAAAUUCUGGCAGCAGAAGUUUCCAGCUACUUGAACCUGGAUAGCAGGAAAUCAGCAUUUCCUCACCUUCUUCUGCCUCCCUGAGCUCUUAUGAUGGCCCUGUGCUCAGUCAUGAUACUGUUGUCUAGUACUGGUACUACUAGUUUUGCUAUCACCUUGCGUUUCAACUGGCAAACUGCCUGAUCCACUGACUUGUGCAUGAAGUGCUUACAAUCUGUUAAAGAUGUCAGCUUUUUGCUGAAGAAAAUGCUGUGUGUGUUUGAGAGUAGAUUCCUGUAGUGCCGCUACGGAGGGAACUUCUAUUUUCUACAGUCUCUAUGGUAAACUUUCCACUGGGAACUAAGGAAAAGACUACCUCCAAUGCCAGUCCUUGUGACUUAGCAAUAUGCACUGUCAGUGCAUUGCACAAGACCACACUAGGAGUAAGCAAUAUGCACAUAUUCUCCUGCAAACUGUGAGACAGCAGAGAAACAAAACCUGAGAAAGCACAGCAGAGACUUUACUAUGACUCAGAACCUCAAGUACAUGCAGCUGCAUUUUUUCUUAUUUGUGCUGUUGGUACAUAUUUGCCAUUUGUACAUUAGGGGCACUCUUAUCUAAUUAAAUUCUGGAUUCUUCUAUCAAAAGACAAAUUUUGACUAUAGGUGUUUUUUAAAUUAGUUCAAACCUGCAGAACUGCUCCCUCAACAAGGAGGCAUGAUCUCUUCAUAUCUUAACAGCCCAAAUACAACAGAGUCCACAAAACCAGCAUAUUCAUGGACUCUGCUUUGCAAUUAUCUUCCUCUUGCACUUUGACAUGAAACUUUUGCCACUUCCCUAGUGGGUUUAGGGGUUACUUGACCAGCAGAUAGCUCAGAGCCUAUAAUAUGAAUGAGAUAAUUUAAUGAAUGAAUAAAUUAAUGAAAUGAUCCAUCCUUCAUUCUAUUUGUGAAAUCCACCAAAACUCUGGACCAUAAAUCACCAACUGACCCUACCUGAAUAUAGUGCUAACAUUUGGCUGCAUGAAGCAGAGCAGUGCACUGUUGAGUCUCUUUGUAGUUCUUUGGCAAAACGAAUAUUGGUUAGAGGAUGCAAUUCGGUUUGUCUGGUAAACAGAAGGCUGGUUUCAAAUUUGAUAGGGUAAACAGGGAUCAGCAGACAUGGAAAGGACGUAAACUAGCAUGUCAGGAACAGAGUUUCCCUCAACAGAAGCCUAAAUACACAGAGGUACUGCAGAGAGAAGGUGCAAAUUUUUCACUGUGACAUUAAGGAAAGGGAAAAUGAGAAGGGUACUGAAAGAAGUGAGGACUGCCAGUUUAGCAGAAGCUAACCCACUAAGGAAACCAGCUCCUAGGUAUGGAUGUAGAGGGGCAGGCUGGCAUGCUAGGUAACAUUCUUUUCUGUUGUUCCAUCACGUUUGCCAGUUUACUUAAGCUCCCUACUGAACAAAACCAUUCCCCACAGAUACAUCCACAGAUAAAUGGCUUUAAUAUUUUGAAAAUGGUUGAUAAAAAAAGUGGAUUUGAAAAUUAUCAGUGAAUAAUCUCUACAGUUUACAAUAAAUAUUUGAUAUAAAAUACUGUGUAACUGAGGAAUCUUACUGCCUGGAACUUCCAACCAGAAUGAGAAAGAAAUUCGUGGAGCAAAGAAUUCCUGAAAGAAUGACAAAAAAAUGAGGUUUGCCUUGAGACGCUGCUGUGAAAAAGAUGUGUCAAAAUAUGCUGUACUCUAGAAAGACAAAUGGAUUGAACCCACAGUAACAAAGCUUUGGGAAGUCUCAUGUUUCAUCACUGCUUUUUAAUUCUUAAUACAACUUAUUUUAUUUGUUAUACUACAUGUUGUUAGGAAACAUAAUAACUGCAUGAAAGUCAUGUGAAAGAAAUAAGCUCUGCAACAUCCACAGUUCAAGAGGGAGGUGGUAGGGGCAAUUUGUAUCUGUAUAGGAACUUAAUGGGAAACAUAAAAAGAGGGGGGAAAAAAAAGGAAAAAAAAAAUUUAAAAAAGUGAAAAACAAAAAUUUGGAGCUGUUUCCAUGCAGUGACAGAAUCACUUUGAUUUGAUUGAUUAGUUUCCUGUUUGUUUUUUUUUCCAUGAAAAUGUCUUUUUUUCUUCUUGCCUUUGUUCUUCAUUUCUUUUAAUCCUUUAUGCCAUCCACAGUAAUGUUUUAGGAAUAUUUUGGAACAUUUUUCAGUUUCUUUCUGCCACUUCAAAACCCCCAAAUUAAAAGGAGAGGGAAGAAAAUGAAUAACAGGAGAAUUAGAAAUAAUGUGUGAAAAAAAUAACAUGAGCCGAAUCUACAGACUGAGUGACCAAAAAGAAACUAAAAUAAAAAGAGAAUAAAGAAUGAUUCAAGAAAAAUAAACAAAAGGUCCAAUAUUCUCAUAGGCCAACAAUUCAAAAAGUCAAAACUCUUCUUGGAAAAUCAUAGUUUUGGGAAAAUACCAUUCUAGCAGGAAAAAAAACUCUAACAGAAAUAUUUCAGCCAACUCCUGCAGAAAAUCCAUUUGUGAGCAGAAACACUGGUAAUAUCCGAACAGCCUCCAGGAAAUGAGUUUGGGGGUGGGGAAAUAAACUACUAAGAAUCAACCUCAACCUGUUUCCUCUGUUUGCAAUAUAAAAGUUUAGGAUUGUAACAACAAUUUUCCAAUUGUGCAGCAGUCCAUGAAGGGAGUUCUACAACCUAGGCCUCUCCAUCUGCAUUUUUACAGUGAAUAGAAUUUGAAAAGGAUUUUGUUUAGGGCUAUUCCAGGAACCAGGUCUCUAAAACACAUGCACACUGAGGAUCAGUGGUAAAAAGAACCAGUAACUAAGAGGCUUUGAUCCUUACUAAUCUAUCCUUGUAACAAAUUGUCAAACAUUUAUUUAAAGUCAGUAACGCACUUUCAUUCUCCCAGCCAGUGCCUCUGUGGACUUUCUGAAGUCAGUAAAUCAGUGAACCCAAUAGGUUUCUAUGGCAAAGAACUAAUUGCAGGCUAGGAAUAAAAAUUUACAAUCUGAGCAAGCUCAAGUGAACCUAAUCUUGUUAAACUGGCAAUACAAACUGCUGUGAAUAGGUGAAAGAUAUGGGUGACAACCACAGCUACUCCAAAAUGUAAGUACAGAAAAACGACAAGAAUCUCAUAAUUUGAACACCUGCAUAUCUUGAGGUAAUUUGAAAUCCAUAUCUCAGUGUAUAUUUUAUAAGUUUACCUCCUAGCCUGAAUUAUGAACACAAAUCUACAUGCUCUUGGAUUUUAAUGAUUGAAUCAAGAUUGCAGUUUUGUACCUAAUAUAUAAUACUGUGAAAGAAAUGACAUUAUGAAAUGAUGUGUACCAUUUUGCCCUAUCGUGGGUAUUACAUUAUCUUUAAAGUUCAAGUAGGCUGAAAUUCUGUCAUAUUUCUUAUGGACUUUAGAGAGAUUUUUGUUUAUGGCUAGAGGAAAAGAGGCUCUGCAACAAGGGGAAAGCAGGCAAAUCAUCAGAACAGAGAUUUAAACCAUGGAUACACAUUCUCUGUUACUGGUAAAAUGUUUUACAUAUGGAGAGUUCAUAAUACACACGAAUAUGUAACUUGCCAUGUACAAGAACAUAUCAACAAUAAAAGCAAGAAAACUACAGGUUACUGAAA